AUGAAAGCAGUCGUCCUUCAUGGGCAUGGUGGUCCAGAAGCCCUCUCCUACGAAGACAUUGCGGAUCCAGUGCCCAAGGUCAACGAAGUUGUUAUUCGAUUGGUAGCCACGGCCUUGAAUCACGUCGACAUCGACGUGCGCAAUGGCACUUCAGGCGUGGAAUCCAUUCAGCUCUUGCCUCACAUACCGGGCGUGGAUGCCGUCGGGGUCGUCGAGUCCAUUGGGUCAGCUGUCACCCAGUGGAAGGUAGGAGAUCGCGUUGCGCCCCAUUUUAUCCUAUCUUGCGCAAAAUGUGCCAAUUGCCGGGGUGGCCGGGAGAACAUAUGCACAGCAUCUCAAAUCUUGGGUCUGACACACUGGGGAGGGUAUGCCGAAAAGGUCUGCGUACCCGAGCACACGCUCGUGCGGAUUCCAAACGACGUAGGACUCGAAGAUGUAGCAGCUGGUAUGACUCCAUUCGCAACGGCAUGGGAGGCACUCAUUGUGACUGCCGGCCUCAAGGCGGGCGAGACAGUUUUGGUCACUGGUGCCGGGGGCGGUGUCGGCAGUCACGCUGUGCAAGUCGCAACACUGGCCGGGGCGAGAAUCAUUGCAUGCGUCGGAGCAGACGACAAGAUCGAACGUCUUCGGGAACUCGGUUUUGCGGACGAUUUCGUGAAUUACAGAAAGGACACGCUCAUUGAAGCCGUCAUGAAAUUGACAGCAGGCAAGGGCGUCGACGUGGUGUUUGACGGAAUUGGGGGCCAGAUCUUGAAGGACUCGAUUCAUUGCCUAGCAGACGGCGGCCGCAUCGCGAGUAUCGGAGCGCAUGGCGGUGAGGUUGUAGACAUUGAUAUGAUACAGUUCUUCCGUAAACACCUCACCAUGCACGGAUGUGGACGAUCGACAAAGGAGAUUAUUGCGAAGGUGCUCGACUUGAUGGCAAGAGGUAAACUGCGGCCGAUUAUUGCAGGGCGAUACCGUUUAGAAGAAGUAAAGAAAGCACACGAGAUCAUGGAAAGUCGGGGAUUCUUUGGCAGGAUUUUAUUACUUCCACACUCGUCGUCAGCUGAGCCCUAG